AGAUCUACGAAACCACGUUUACAGAAGUCAUUGACGAUCAACGAACGAAUUUUUCUUGGUCCAAAAUUUCAACUCGCUUUCUCUGUUCUUCUUCUUCUUCUUCCUAGAUUUCUCUUGCACUCCAAGAAUCUCUGCCUUCACUCUUGGCGACUUCUCAUAGAUCUCUCUCAAUCGCUCUCAGUUCAUCUUCAACGAUCGUCUCUUCAAUCCAAUCCCCUUUUCGAUUGGCAGCCAUUGUUUCGGAGAAUGAGCAAAGUUUCCAUUAUCAUAUACAUUACAGUAGCCUUACUUCUUCUCCUACUCGUUUCCCAUUCCCCCAAGAAAACCCCAAAUCACCGCCACCGCCGCCUCAAGCUUCGCUCCAAUUUCACUUUUGCCCCCUCGCAUCAGCACCGCGAGGCUAUCCCAUUCGACCCUCUCGUCGCCGACAUUGAGCGCCGCCGUGAGGACCGGCAAUGGGAGAAGCAAUAUGUGGAACAUCACCAUCCUGAGGUGGCCGCCCAUUUGACGGAACCGGCCCCUGGUGAAGAGUCGCAGCCCGAGUGGGAGGACUUCGCGGAUGCUGAGGAUUAUCUCAAUGAUGAUAAUAGGUUCAAUGUGACUGAUCGGCUGUCGUUGCUGUUUCCGAAGAUUGAUGUUCAUCCAGCUGAUGGGUUUGUCGAUGUGGAUGAGUUGACUGAGUGGAAUCUGCAGCAGGCUGAGAGGGAAACUUUGCAUAGGACUCAGAGGGAGAUGGAGACGCACGAUAAGAAUCAUGAUGGGCUUGUUUCGUUUUCGGAGUACGAGCCUCCCAGCUGGAUUCGAAAUUCAGAUAAUAGUUCCUUUGGCUACGAUAUGGGUUGGUGGAAACUUGGACAUUUUAACGCGUCCGAUGCUGAUGGAGAUGGUUUUUUGAAUUUGACUGAGUUCAAUGACUUUCUGCACCCUGCUGACACCAAGAACCCAAAGCUACUUCAUUGGCUGUGUGAGGAAGAAAUACGGGAGAGAGAUUCAGACAAGGAUGGGAAGAUUAACUUCAAUGAGUUUUUCCAUGGACUCUUUGACUUGGUGAGAAAUUAUGAUGAGAAUCACCACUCUUCACAUGAGUCAGAUGAUCCGAGGGAUGGCCCUGCUAGGAAUUUGUUUGCGGUGCUAGACAAAGAUAAUGACGGGCACCUGUCCGAUGAAGAGCUGUUACCUAUAAUUGGAAAAAUCCACCCAUCAGAGCAUUACUAUGCGAAACAGCAAGCAGAAUAUAUCGUACAGCAGGCGGAUGCAGACAAAGAUGGACGUCUCACCUUGGCAGAGAUGAUCGAUCAUCCAUACGUAUUUUACAGUGCCAUUUUCAAUGAAGAUGAAGAAGACGACUAUGAUUUCCACGAUGAGUUUCGUUAAGUUCUUUCAAGUAUGGACACCUCCCUCUAUCCAUCAAACUUCAGCAGAGACUAGACCAGGCUUGAUUUUCUUGUCGCGAUGGUUGCCGUUGCAGGAAUAUAAUUGAUCGGUUAGCGGUAGGAGAAAACGAAGUUGUCACUCCCCGGAAUUAGGAUACAGAGUAUGAAGCUUUAGUCAACAACUUUGAGGAGAGCUUUGGCAAUUGAAAUGGUGGUCAGAACUGGUUUGAUCUCUCCUUCAGCCAUGUCUGCCCCAUCUGGUUAUCCUCAUUUUGUAGAAUAUGAAACACCACCAUUUUAGAAGAUGAUGAUCCACUCCUUAGAUCAUAGACAUAUUUAUUUAAUUUAGUUACAAAAUAUUUGUUAAAUUUGGUGUUAUUUGUGUAUUUAUUUAUCCAGCACAAUCAUUUAAUUUUUAUUUGUUUCUGAUAACUGUUCUUGGAUAGAAACUUAUCAUUGAUUCAAUAAUUAAAUUUCCCCCCUUUUUAA